AAUGGACCCAUCAUCAUCACCUUCUCCAAUCUCUUUCUCCGAUCACAACAAAACCUUCGUCCAAUCGUUAAUGGAUUCCGCCACCACUCCCCACCGUACACCCUCCUUCAAAGAAGACACCUACCACCUCCACAACCUCAAACCUUCCGAAAAGAAAGCUCUUCAAGACCUCAAAGACAAACUCACCGCCACUUCCGAUGACCAUUUCUCCAUGUGGGGAGUCCCAUUACCGCCACCAACCACCACCAUCGCCGACGCCGAGAAAUCCGAUGUCAUUCUCCUCAAAUUCCUCCGAGCUAGAGACUUCAGGGUUCAAGAUUCUCUCAACAUGCUCCUCAAAUGUCUCUCAUGGCGAAAAGAUUUCGGAGCUGACACCAUUGUUGAAGAGGAUUUAGGGUUCGAAGAACUUGAAGGUGUGGUGGCGUACAUGAAUGGAUACGAUCGAGAAGGGCAUCCCGUGUGUUAUAAUGCUUAUGGGGUUUUCAAAGAUAAAGAAAUGUAUGAAAAAAUCUUUGGAGAUAACGAGAAAUUGAAGAAGUUUCUGAGAUGGAGAGUUCAGGUUCUUGAAAGAGGGAUUCAGAUGCUGCAUUUUAAGCCCGGUGGGAUUAAUUCAAUCAUUCAGGUUACAGAUCUUAAAGACAUGCCAAAAAGAGAGCUUAGAGUUGCUUCUAAUCACAUUCUUUCACUCUUUCAAGAUAAUUAUCCAGAAAUGGUGGCUCGUAAGAUCUUCAUCAAUGUACCAUGGUACUUCAGCAUGCUGUACUCAGUGUUCAGCCCAUUUUUGACUCAACGAACCAAGAGCAAGUUUGUCCUUUCUAAGGAAGGAAAUGUUGCAGAAACUCUUUACAAGUACAUAAGGCCAGAGGAUGUACCAGUACAGUAUGGUGGACUGAGUCGACCCAGUGAGUUGAAAACUGGUCCACCCAAACCAGCUUCUGAGUUCACAGUCAAAGGUGGAGAAAAAGUUAAUAUUCAAAUUGAGGGCAUUGAGGCUGGGGCAACGAUAACUUGGGAUAUUGUCGUUGGAGGGUGGGAUUUGGAAUACAGUGCUGAGUACGUCCCUAUAGCCGACGGAAGCUACACGAUUGCGGUGGAGAAGUCGAGGAAGAUGAGCCCUACCGAAGAGGCCGUUCACAACUCGUAUACCGCAAAAGAAGCCGGAAAGUUGGUUUUAUCGGUUGACAACUCGGCUUCCCGGAAACGGAAGGUUGCAUCCUACCGCUAUUUGGUUCGGAAAUCUACCAUCGUCGUUAUGUGAGUUUCUUUCUGUAUGGUGUUUGUUACGUCUAAUUUUAGUGAUUUUGGUUCGAUCGAGAACGUAAUGAAGCAAUAUUUGUCUACGUAAUAUGUAAUAUGUAAUAUGUAACAUGUAAGUUGUAACGUAAGAGUCGGUUGUAUUAGAGUGCCUAAGUAGAAUAAGAGUAUAUUAACUUAGACGAGCGUUAUAAAGGUGUGAUUGUAGACAA